AUGAACAUCCGCGAAGCUACGAUCGAUGACCUGCUGGGCAUGCAGAACUGCAACCUGCACAACCUUCCCGAGAACUACACACUGCGAUACUACCUCUACCACGCGCUCACCUGGCCACAGCUCUCUUACGUUGCUGAGGACGAGAAGGGGAGGGUGGUUGGAUACAUUCUCGGCAAGAUGGAAGAGGAGCCAGCUGAUGGCAUUCCUCACGGACACGUCACAAGCAUCAGCGUGCUCCGUUCCUAUCGUAGACUCGGUCUUGCCAACAAGCUCAUGAAGCAAAGUCAGGAAGCUAUGCGCGAUGUGUUUGGCGCCAAGUUUGUGUCGCUGCACGUGAGGCAGACGAACCGUGCUGCCAUCGGCCUAUAUCGCGACACGCUAGGUUUCGAGGUGCAUGGCGUUGAGAAGGGCUACUAUGCCGAUGGCGAAGAUGCGUUGCACAUGCGACUCAACUUUUGA